GACAUGCCUCCGCGAUCGAGCAUCAGACAGUAUUUUAAACGCCCAGAUUUUUCAGCUAGCAGAGACCCUAGGUACGAGGAUCCAAAUGAAACUCCUGCUGUAGCCUCUCAGUCUUCUCCCCUCUCUGAAUCGCCAUCAUCCUUUACAUCAAAUAAUAGAUCCCCGCCGACUUUAGACGGUCCAGGAUUGCAGUUGAGACAGUCAUUGUUACUCUCAGUCACGGAUUCUGCAGAGAACACACAGCCUUCACGGAGUUCUCAAAGUGCUGAAACAGCGGCUUCUGAUCCUACAUUGCCCCCUGUCUUUCAUUUGCCUCAGCGCGUUGUCAAGAACGGAAGAGAAGUUGUAAUUAGCUCCGAUGGCGAGGACACGGACUCAAGCGAGUUUGAAAAUCCAGACUCUCUUUUUCUAAAAUUUGCGAAACCAAAUGAUAGCUCGACAAAUGAGGAAACAUACAAUGAUUCCUCUAGCCACGGGAGGACUUUACGCUCCCGUCGAUCAAAAGAUGAGGUGAAACCCAAUAAGUUUUCACCGAGUCACGCUUCCGCCCCGAGCUACAAACACAGCAUUGAUAGUCUCGUUACUCAAGCUGUCGAUGAUAACGAGACGGAGGCCGACAUUGCCAAGCUUAGAGCUGCCUUUGAGGAAGGCGCGUCGAAGCCCGGGACAGCUCCGAGUUCACUUAAUCGGAGCAGACAGCUGCAUGAAGGCAUCCUCGCGUCGGCUCUCGACGACAAUAAUGACGAAACAGGGCUGCGGCGUCUACUUGAUGCUGUCCGGAGGACGGAAGCGUUUGACAUGGAGAAGUCCUGGUUCUUCUUCGAUUAUGGAAGUGAAUUAGUUCUUCCUCCGGUGUUUCCCCGAAGUUCUAUAGCAGCAAAAUCUUAUUUAUCUGUGCUAAGAGAACCCGAAUCGAGGGAACGAGCGCUCCACUCAGGGUUUGUCGAUUUCGCACUGUCCAGGGGGCUCUUGCCUGAUGAACUGGUGAUGUGGAUGUUUAAUUCUGUACCCUCGGAGUCUCGAGAUGGUCUAAGGAACGUUUAUUGCAGGGCAUUCAAGAACUCUGGUGCAGAACGUAUACAGUCACUGGUGCGUCCAGACACCAUCGACUCCCUUUUCCAACGGAUCGGCGCAAAUCAGAAGGCCUUGACAUUUGCUGAAGUUAUAGUCCCAGAUGCACUCCCAAAAAAUAGUUCUCUGAGAGGAGCCCCUCAGCAUAAAGCUGCUUUGUUGUCUAUUCUGAACUUACUUCGUGGAGCAGCAGAUCGUUUCUCUGAUGAUACAAGAGAGCACAUUUUACAUAUACUUUUUCGUCUUUCCCUUGAUGCCUCAUUAACCAGACACCCCAUGAUCUGUUCGGAACUGGAGAGAACUAUAACUGCGUUUUUAGAGAGUAUCCCCAAAGACACGGCCGAUGAACUGGUAUAUCGCGUUUGCGUGUCUGCCUAUGACACGAUCAAAGAUGCAGUCUUCCAAAGCCGCCUUCUGACGCACAUCUUGCCAACCUCAAGCUGGAUUGCAAUGCUGCGAUGCCGUCUCGCCAUUGCUUUCUUAACUAGCGAUCCUUCCGCUCUAACUGAAGAGCCUGAUGUGGUGUUGUACCUACAACGGAUAAUUAAUGUCCUUAAAGACAAACGGUUUGAUGUGAAGCAAUAUAAAACGAAAGGCCAGCCCGAAUAUGACUACGGAGAACUCAUGGCUAUAACCGCCAUCCUUAACAUUGCUAUCGAUUCCGGCUGGUCCAGCAUGGACUUCUCGAGCAAAGAUGAAAAGAGGAAAUUUAAUUCUGAAGUCGACGUUCUCGCGGACCGGAUCAAGAGGAUAUUCACUUCCAUCGAAGAUUCGGGUGCGUCUCAUCUCAAACGGACUCUCGCAAAGGAAGCCCUCGAAGCCUUGCACUACCGCAUCAUAUACUCUGUCAGGACCAAGCCGCGCCCAAAGAAGUCUAUAUUCGGAGAGAAUGGGGUUGAUCGCCAAAAUAAAAACGUAUUUGACCAGUGGAAGGUUCCGAAGACCAAACAAGAUCCCGGUAUCCCCAUUCGACAACACGAAACUUCGCCAUGAUGGCUAGUCCUUGACUGGCUGUAUCCCCUGGUAGCUGUUUUCUGUGCAAAAUAUUCAGGUCAUAAACCAACAUGUAUGCAGUGCAUGUCAAGCAAUUAAUGUACAAGAGCCUGAGAGAUUUUCAGAGCCACUAUUAUACUGGGAUUGGUCAGCCAGGGGCAUGACCAAAAACACCAAAGCCACCACAUAAUAAAAGGAAAUCACGACUGAUAUGAUCUUGAUAGCAACAGCCGAUGUCUUUACUGUGAUACUGUUUUCCCUUGCCUAAUCCUAUUGUAGGGUAGCUUGAGACCCAAGUCAACGUUACUGGAAGUCCGCGAGAGAAUGGUAAGAGAUGUAGACAGGGCUACGCUGUUCUCCGCACGCGGAGCGUUAAUCAAAGACACAUAGAUACAAGAAUCAGCGAUAACGAACUUAGCGCCAAAUAAAUAACAGGACAGGUAUUAGUCUAAUCGUAGAACUUCCGGUUUACGUUCUUCCCGAACAGUGUCUCCCUCACGGCGGGAAGACCAUCGAUCUCGAGCAACCGCAGGCGCUCUUCAAAAGUGUUGCUAAUCUCGAUCUUACCGUUACCACCAACAAUGACCACACCUCCGGCACUGCAGAUAUACGUUAGAGAUAGUACGGCAGAAAGCGAAAAAAAAAAAAAACCAAGAUUAGAACUUACGAUCCCUCCGGCAAAGGCUCGGA